GAUGAUGAUGAUGAUGAUGAUGAUGAUGAUGAAUAUGAUGAUGAUCAUGAUGAUGACGAUGAUGACGACGACGAUGGUGGUGAUGAUGAUAUUGAUGAUGAUGAUGAUAAUGAUGAUGAGGACGACGAUAUUUGUGAUGAUUAUGUCAAUGAUGGUGAUGAUGAAAAUUGUGAUGGUGACGACAACGAUGAUGACGAUGAGGAUGAUGCUGACGCUGAUGAUAUUGAUGAGGAUGAGCCUGAGGGAGUUUUGCCGCGGUUUUUGAAGAGCGAGCAAGGCUGUGUGCACUGUCUGAGUUUUUUUCUCAUUGUUACAACUGUGGACGAGGGUGAGGGAACAGAAGACAGAACCUGUGGAGGUGACGCCCACCGACGAGUCUUCGUGAUUUUGUUGGUCCCUUCUCCUUUUUUUCCAUUUUUGCGUCCCCUUGAACAGUAUUUCCGUCUCUGUAUUUCCCUUUGGCCCCUCGUCUCCCUUGUGACGCGUUCCCCCGUAUUCGUUCCUGCUAUUAUACGUUUCAUUAUCGUACCCUUGCGUUACUCCUUCAGUUUGAUUGAGCUUAUAUCCAUUAUGCCCAGGAGAGGCAAAAGUCAAAAGUCAGGAACUGACGAAGUGUCUACCCCCACAGUCUGCUCGACGCCCCAGGUUGUGGCAAAAUACGAAGCCGCUGGCUCCUCCGACUCGAUAAGUGGCUCGCACACUACAACACUACGCACACAUUUAAUGCUACCCGUUCACAAUCUUGCCUUGCCCUGA